AUGGCUGACGAUCCUCCAGCAACCCGAAUGCCGGACAAAGCACCUGACAAUGAAAAGGAGACUGCGAAGCGGGAGAAGAACCUGGUGGCAGGUCGGAAAUUUCGGCAGCGUAAGCUGGAGAUGAACGAAGCCAUGGAGGCAGAGAUCAACCGGCUACGAGCAUCAUCAUCCGUUUGGGUGGUGAUCCAGAUGCCGGUUGACUGUAUCGACCACGGCCUGGUUUUCCUCGCCAAAGUCGCCAGUCUUCAGUGGAGGGCUCCUAAACUAAUUUUAUUGACGAAAAGGCCAACGCUAUCGUCCUUGCUAACCGAGAUGCUCGACAAGAUCUUCCUGCUCGCUAUUCUAGACGAUGUCUGCAUCGAACGCCGAAAGUUCGUGCUCGUUGAAAGCGCCUAUAUGUGGUGGUCACCAAAAUGGGCUUGUGACCUACUGGCAAGCUCGAGAGGUCUGAGGGCACUUAUUGGAUGGUUCCUGGCCACUCAUGGGGUGACUGAACCUCUACCGAUGUCCAGCCAUGGGUGA